AUGUGGAUCGACAUCCAACGGGCCCUUCGUCGCGCCAAGCUUCAGUUCUCCGGUGUCGGAACAACGUGCUUUCAACUCCACGUUCCCUCGUUUCGACCUCCAGCGACGACCAAGACCGUUCUCCGCCAGCUCAAGACUCAUAUGCGCACCAUGCACUACAACGCGUGGUGCGAGUUGCAGGAUCAAGGUCGCACGGUCGGUGCCCACGAAGGCCUGGGCAGUCGUUUUCUGUCCCGCGGAGGUGGGUUGUUGGAUUGCGAAUACCGUUUUGCCAUUGCCGCCCGUAUGAACCUGAUUGCGACCCGCGCUGUCCUGAAGCGCACCCAUGGCAACUCCAACUCUUCGUGUCGUCACUGCGGCCGUACCGAGACCGAGACGCUUCCCCAUGUCCUGCAGCAUUGCCCCCACAACGAAGCCUCGAUUCGCGCCCGUCACGACCUUUCCCUUCGCUGCAUUGCCGCGGCGAUCGCCAAAGCCAACCCGUCGUGCCGUCUCCUCGUCGAGCAGCCGUUGCCCGAAUUCACUGACGCCCUUCUCAAGCCCGACAUCAUCCUCGUGGACGACGCCAACAAGACUGCUGCGAUAUGCGACCUCGCUGUGAGUUUCGACGACGGCAACAUCGAAGGGAGCGGCCUCACGGGGUUCCAGACGCGCGCCGCCGAGAAGAUCGACAAGUAUGGUCGGCUCUCUCGUUUCCUGGGCUCCAAGGGCUACGACGUGUCGCCGUGUGCACUCAUCUUCGGGUCCCUCGGCUCGGUCUUGCCCGACAACCAAGCAGUCCUCACCUCCACCUUCAACCUCUCCCGUAGCGCCGCCACCAAACUCCAAACCCAACUCUCCUCCAACCACAUCCGACUCAGUCGACAAAUCUGGCGGCGGCACAGCAGCUCGCGGUCGGUGUUCCAGGGUCGGCCGGGUGGGCCUGCGAGAGCUGCGUAA